GCAAACUGUCCGGUUAACUGACGGACCCUGACACGAGAAGUUGUGACAUUUUUAGUUACGUUGUAACGACAGACAGAGAUGAGUCGUUAAGUGUGCGCGCUUCGGUCGGACUGUCUGUAUCUAGAACCUCUGACAGAGCAGCCGACGGCAGAACAUGACGGCUAACGAGGACCAGGAGAUGGAGCUGGAAGCUCUUCGCUCCAUCUAUGAGGGGGAUGAAUGUUUUAAAGAAGUCAGUCCAGUUUCCUUCCAGUUUAGGGUUGGAGACCUUGAAAACACCAAAGCAUUCAUCCUGGACGUCACAUGGCCGGACACGUAUCCUGAGUCAGCUCCACAGAUCUCCCUGGACGCCUUCUUUAACAACAAGAUCUCUGCAGAGACCAAGCAGCUGAUCCUGUCCAAGCUGGAGGAGCAGGUGGAGGCUAACCUGGGCACUGCAAUGAUGUAUACUCUGUUUGAGUGGGCCAAGGAGAACCAGGAGGAGCUCAUGGAGAACCACAGGCCUGUGAUGACCACUGUGCAGACGCUGACGACCUGCAGUGAGACGACCGCUCUGUCCUCAACAGCAACAAAAAGAGAGAAAAAGGAGCAACUGACCAAAUCCCAGAAGAGGAGGAUGAUCAACAGAACAGACAAUAAGGGGGAGUUGCCCAGAGGGUGGAACUGGAUCGAUGUGAUCAAGCAUCUGAGUAAAACCGGAGGAAAGGAUGAGGACUAGGUCAGAGGUCGGUGGCCUGCUUUGUACCAAAAGAACUUCCUGCAGAUGCCUUCAGCCCGUACAAACUGGAUCUGGCUGGGCAGCAGUGACCACGAGCACACAGCUUCAGCUGGUUGUACCAGCUCCUGCAGAUCCACAGCUCUGCCCCCUCAGGGUGGUGAUGAUUACUGUCACUGCCAUGUUUCCAGUACACGAACUGGAACUCUGGAGCCAUUAUUAAUAAAAAGACUGGCUCUAGAUCCAAGUGCCAGGUGAUCAUCUGCUGUUACUUCAAAGCACUUUGUCAAAACAAAGACUUUUGU